UAUAUUUUCCAUAUCAAAUAAAAAUUGUAGAAUUUAUUUUUCAGAAAAAUAGCUUUUCGACCAGGUUUUUUGCGACUUCAAAUGUUAAGGUCUCCUUUCUCUUUCAUAUGCAACUCUCAUCGCUCGCACAGAUUGUGGAUUCGUUCUUGGACGGCUUGGAUUUCCUUUUCAUUCUCAAAGGUUCGGAGCUUCCAAUACCAUCUCUCUGUUUGUUGCUUCAACUCUAACUUUUUUAUUUUCUGCUUUUUUUCCAUUAUUUAUUCAAAUACUUUCGAAGAUUACCGUUGUUUUCUUCUGCAUUGAAUCUUUCACUUUCUAGCUCUAAACUUAAGAAACCCAUUAAUGAAAACUAGAAGAAAGCAUCAAUAAUUCAUGGCUAGGACUCAAUCUUCGAUAUUGAACUUCCUCCGCCAAAACCCACGUUCGAAUCAAAACCCCAAUGCCCAUAUCCGAAACCUCACUGUAGAAACCAAAGAAAGGGAUUUCAUAGAAGUUGCCAAAGAAGUUUGUAGGAUUACAAGAAUGAAACCCAGAUGGGAACAGACCCUUCUCUCUGAUUACCCUUCUUUUGAUUUCAAGGACCCUUUGUUUCUGCGCGAGUAUCUGAAGCACCAAACUAAUAUUUUGCUAUCACUUCGGUUUUUCUUCUGGGUAAGCUCUCAUAGUGGUUUCUCUGCUGACCCUUUAUCUUGUAAUGUGAUCUUUGAUGGUUUAGUUCAGGCUAAGGCAUCCAGUGCUGCUAAACAGUUUCUGGAUUAUACAGGUUUUAGUCCUGACCCUGUUUCUUUGGAGUGUUAUAUUCGAUGUCUUUCUGAGGGUGGAUUGGUUGAAGAAGCUCUUGAUGUGUUCUCCAAGUUGAAAGAGAUUGGAGUUUGCCCGUUGAUUUCGACUUGGAAUUCAGCUUUGUCGGGUUGUCUUAAAGUUGGGAGGACUGAUCUUGUUUGGAAAUUGUAUGAGAAAAUGAUGGAAUCUACAGUUACAUUGGAUGUUGAGACCGUUGGUACACUGAUUCAAGCUUUCUGUAAUGAGAAUGAAGUUUCGAAAGGUUAUGAACUUCUUAGGAAGACUUUGAAAGAGGGAUUAGCUCCCGAUAAUGUUACUUUCAACAAAUUAAUAUCUGGAUUUGGUAAGGAGAACCAGUAUGCAAAAGUAUCGGAACUCCUCCAUGCCAUGAUUGCGAAAAACCAUCCCCCGGAUAUUUAUACAUAUCAGGAAGUAAUCCAUAGGCUCUGCAAGAAGCGAAAGGUGCUCGAAGGUUCUCGGGUUUUUAAGGAUCUCAAGGAUAGAGGGUAUGCACCAGAUAGGGUCAUGUAUACAACAAUGAUUCAUGGUUUUUGUAGAAGGGGUUGGCUGGGGGAAGCUAGGAAGCUGUGGUUUGAGAUGAUUCAGAAAGGAUAUCGUCCAAAUGAAUACACAUACAACAUAAUGAUUCAUGGGUUUUCUAAGAUUGGUUACUUUGAGGAGGCAAUGAAAUUAUACAAGGAGAUGUGUGACAAAGGUUAUAGAGAUACAACAGUGAGUUGCAACACGGUGAUUACAGUUCUGUGUUCAAAUGGAAGGACGGGUGAAGCUUAUAAGUUUUUUGAAGAAAUGCCCCAGAAAGGAAUUGUUCCUGAUGUUAUUACAUAUAACAUUCUAAUUAGAGGCUUUUGUAAGGAGGGAAAGAUAUUAGAAAGUACUAAUUUAUUAAACCAGCUCCUGGCGCAGGGUUUACAGCCAUCAUCUGCCUCUUAUACCCCUCUUAUCGAAAAGCUUUCUCAGGAGGGAGGCGUUCAAGAAGCAGUUCAGCUGUGGAAUGAUAUGCAAAGUAGGGGUUUGGAACCAAGGGUCUUUACUCAUGAUUACAUCAUUAGAGGACUAUGUAAUGAAGGAUCUGUUGCUGACGGGAUGAAGUGGUUGUCAGUAAUGCUGGAAAACAAGUUCAAACCAGAAGAGCAAACUUUUAAGAAAAUGAUAGAAUGUCUCACGCAAAGAUGUAUGUUUGAUGAUUCUUUAUUCGUUUUAGACCUUAUGUUUAGGACAGGCUAUGAGCUCAAAGAAGAAAUAUUUAAUUCUUUGGUCAAAACGCUUUGCCAAUCGAAUCCCAAUUUUGUUGAAACAUGUUUAGGGGAGAUCUUAGAAAGAAAUGGAUGUAGCUAGCUAUCAUAACUAAGCUAUUUGUAACUUUUGUACUUCAUCUGUGAUAAAGAAUGGAAAAGAUUUUGUUCAACUUC